AUGAAGCGGCUCGGGCUGGUGGGGCUCCUCGGCGCGGUGCUGCUGGGCUGCUGGGAGCCUGGUGACGCUGUAAGAUGCCUUGAUAAGCAGUAUGAACACAAGGGCGUGUGCUGCAACCGGUGUCAGCCAGGGCAAAAGCUGGUCUCCGAAUGCAAUGGCACAGAAGACUCUGUCUGCGCCCGCUGCGAGAGUGGACACUAUCAGCAGAGCUGGACCAAGGAGAGGCACUGUGCCCCCCACGAUAUCUGUGAAGACAACGCCGGCCUCAUUGUGAAGAUGCAAGGAAACGCAACGCACAACACGGUGUGCCAGUGCCGGGCUGGCAUGCACUGCUCUGACACCAGCUGCCAGACCUGCGUGGAGAACCAGCCCUGCCAGCGUGGCUUUGGCUUCGUGGCAGCCAAGGCCAUGGCCCGGAUGUCAUCCCCCUGCGAGCCCUGUGCAGAAGGCACCUUCUCCAAUGUCUCUUCUAAAACCGAGCCAUGCCAUCCCUGGACAAGCUGCGAGGAAAAGGGGCUGGUGCUGAAGGUGAAAGGGACGAACACCUCGGAUGUGAUCUGUGAGUCUGGCAGGCGCUCUUCACUGUCGGUGCUGAUCCCCAUCACGGCCGCGGUCGUCACGUGCCUCGUGGGCAUCUGCAUCUACUGCCUGGUCCAUACAGAUCCCAGGCGACGGAUGCAGAAGCAGGUGAGGGCCAGGAAGCCCGGAGAGAUCCCGGAGGCCCAGCAGCCCACAGAGGUGGGGGAGGAUGCCUUCCCUGUGCAGGAGACCCUGCUCGGGGGCCAGCCCGUGGCCCAGGAGGAUGGCAAGGAAAGCCGCAUCUCGGAGCAGGAGAGGCUGUGAGGGCACAGGGCACUGCCUCUGACAGGAGCACAGGCCGGGGCCAGCACCAUCUCCUCUAUCCCCUCUCCAGCCGGGAAGGAAAUCUGGCAUCUGGCCUGCUUGCAAAUGAUGUGACGCUGCAGUGGACCAUGGCAUGACCACCCCCAUGGGGAUGCCACAGCAGCGCCUGGUCUGGCCGCCUGCCCAGGGCUGCCAUGGUGGAGCAAAGCUCAACUUGCGUGCACAGGGAUGCAGAGCAGAGCCCGGUCCUGCUCCCCACUCGGGGUGCUGUGGCAGAGUGCCGUGUGGCUGCUUAUGUACGGACCGAUGGCAGAGCCUGGUGCAGCCACCGGCCCCGGGGCUGCCGUAACAGAGCGUAGCAUGGCUGCUCACAUGGAGACCCUGUGUCAGAGCCUGGUCUGCCUGACCGGUGGGCAUGCCAGGGCGGAGCGGGUGCGCUGCUGGUGUGGGACCACCAUGGCAGAGCGCAGUUUGGCCACCUGCGCGGGGAGCCUGCAGUAGCACCCAGCUGGGCCACCUGCUCUGGAGCUGGGCCCAGCGGGUGCUGGCAAUGGAGGCCGGGCGGCUGCUGGCGCCGUGGCAGCCGCGGGCAGGGGCAGCAGCACCCGUGUCGGCCCCGCCACCGGGCACCCUGUGUCGGCCCCGCGCUGACGGGCUCCGUGGGGACGAAUAAAGGCAGGACGCGCUGUCCCGGCA